GGUUGUAGAGCAUUCGAGCUGUAGUGAGUAUUGGCGUUUCUAUGGUAACGGCCAUCCAAGUCCUCGGGGCUGGACGCGGUGUGAGUACAGUGAGAAGGAGGAAGUGAGGACAGUACUGGAGCAGGUGCUGCACUUUAUCUUUUAAAGGUAUUUAUUAAAAUAUAAUGGAGAACGAACCAGAAGAGGUUGGACCUGAGAUUGCUUUGGACAAGGACCCCUUACAGAUCACAGUAGAAGAUGUGUAUGACAUUUCACAUAUAAUAGGACAAGAUCUUCAGAGAAUAGGUAAAGAAGCUCGAGGGGUGGUUGACCUAGUGUCUGAUCUUCAGUUUAAGAUUGUCCGUGUUCUGGAAAUGUUGGAGGUGCUGGUUAACAAGUCCGAGGAGGAGAGACUGUUGAAGGAUGGAACACAGGCAGAGGCUGGCUUAGGCCCAGAUAAAAUGGUUAUAGAUCUCAAUGACCCAAACCGUCCUCGAUUCACACUUCAAGAAUUGAGAGAGGUUUUACAGGAGAGAAACAAACUGAAAAUUCAAUUAUUAGUAGCUCAAGAUGAACUGCUUUGUUACAAAAGUGGUAUUGUUCCCCCUACCGAGGACCACAUUGUAACAUUAGAAGAUGACUCCAUAAUUACCAGCUCACCCCGGUCCAAUGACAACAAAGAAAAGUCUGGAGUGAAACGACUGUUUUCUUCUUUUAAACAAGAUAAUUAAACACAAACAGCUUGUGUUCUUUCUUAUUUCUUUUGCUGUUAGAUAUGAAUGUCUUAAAAGAGUAUUCUGUAAGAUUUUAUACAGUGCAUCUCACAUAAAUUGAUUUAUUGAGCCGGUCACUGGGUU